UCCAUACAUGACAAACAUCUCCAUCCACAUCUCAAAGCAAAACGCGAUGUCUGCUCCGGGAACACAGCCAGCGACAGGCGAAGCUGCUGCAAUGAUGAUGUGUCUACCGACUACUACAAUGUGGUGCCCGACACCGGCGUGACGAGAGAGUAUUAUCUUGAUAUUCAAGAAGUGACAGUAGCGCCAGAUGGCUACUCUCGCACCGCCAUGGCCGUCAACGGGUCUAUUCCGGGUCCCACCAUCCAAGCUGACUGGGGUGACAAUGUCAUUGUACAUGUCACCAACAAGCUUGCGUCGGCGAACAAUGGAUCUAGUAUUCAUUUCCACGGAAUUCGUCAGAAUUACACAAGCCCCAAUGAUGGCGUUGUGUCUAUCACCCAGUGCUCAACUGCUCCGGGCAAGACCACUACCUACAAGCGGAGAGCCACUCAGUACGGUAGCUCUUGGUACCAUUCCCACAUUGGUUUGCAGGCGUACGAGGGUGUCUUCGGCGGGAUCUUGAUCAAUGGUCCUGCUACCGAGAACUACGAUAUCGACAAGGGGAUGUUGUUCUUCAAUGAUUGGAGUCACCAGACUGUGGAUGAGCUCUAUGAUUCCGCCCAGGCGAGUGGACCACCUAUGUUGGACAACGGUCUCAUGAAUGGCACGAAUGCCUACGGUGAUGAUGAUUCAACCAGCCAGACAGGCUAUCGCUUCAACACUUCCGUCAGUGCUGGAACUUUCUAUCGUUUCCGGUUGGUGAAUGCGGCGGUGGACACCAUGUUCAAGUUCAUGAUUGACAACCACACUCUUACUGUGAUGGCCAUGGAUCUCGUUUCGAUCGAGCCUUUCAACACCACUUUUUUGAGUAUUGGCAUGGGUCAAAGAUACGAUGUCAUUGUCAACGCAGACCAAUCCACCGAGAACGAGAGUUUCUGGAUACGCGCCAUUCCUCAAGAAGCAUGUUCCGACAACGACAGCGUGGACAACAUCAAAGGCAUAUUGUACUACGGCGACUUUCCUUCCACACCCUCCACAACCGCCUACUCCUACACGGACGACUGCGACGACAUGGCAAUGUCAGAUCUGGUCCCAUACCUGAAACAAAGUGCAUCUCUCCCCUACUACAACCCCAGCGAGCCUGUCACCCGAGUGUUGUGGGAUAAUCCCACGCUCCUUCAAAUAUGGAACGAUGACACUUCAUUCACGGCCGAGAGUGGCGUUGUAAAGUUAACCCGUGCAAAUGAAUGGUCCUACGUCGUCAUUGAAACCGCCUUGACCGUCCCACAUCCAAUCCAUCUGCAUGGCCAUGACUUCUUCGUCUUGGCCCAUGGUACUGGCUCAUACAGCUCAUCAGAUAUCACAACCUUGACGAACCCUCCUCGUCGUGAUGUGGCGAUGCUUCCUGGCUCAGGCUAUCUCGUCGUGGCUUUUGAGACCGAUAACCCCGGUGCGUGGUUUAUGCAUUGCCAUAUUGGAUGGCAUACCGAGGAAGGCUUUGCUAUUCAGUUCUUGGAGCGGUAUAAGGAAGCUCGUCAGUUGAUUGAUUACCAUACGUUGCACUCUACUUGUAAGGAGUGGGAUGAUUAUGUGAAUGAGAGUGCGGUUGAGGAGGAGGACGAUGGUAUUUAA